AUGACUUUAAUUUUACUUGCUGUUCUUGUCGCUACCGCAACUGCGGCACAAGAUGCGCAUUCGUCGACGGUGCCGCCCAAUCCGACCGCUGCAACACAGCCGGUCACUGGAACGGUGCCGGGCCCUUCACAGCCAUUCACAUCGCCGCAUUCGUCGACGGUGCCGCCCAUUCCGACCGCAGGAACACAGUCAGUCUCUGGGACGGUGCCGGGGCCAUCUACAACCCCAAGCUCGUAUCCCACCCCAGGCUCGUAUCCGGUCCCAGGUACGUAUCCGACGAUCACAGGACCAUACCCCUUAGGACAAUUCGGCGGUUUUGAGUAUGUAGUAAGUACUACUAUUACAUUAGUGUUUUCAUAAGCGUGGCGGUGAUCAAGUAAAGCCUUAAUGUAUAUUAAAUAUAAUAUUAGGUCGGGGACUAUGUUCGCAGCGUUUUUUUGAAUGCUUUGUUUUACAACCAUUGUUUGUUGUUCGGCAAAGUGCAUACAUGCAUUCGAAAGAGCUCUUUCCCUUCUACUAAAUUGUGUUUUUAGAUUUUUUUGAAAAUUUAAUUUUUUUUGUUAUUUUUUGGGCUCAAAAGUGACCAUCUAGGAGGCAAAAAUUUGCGUUUUCGACACCUGCCUUUUUCGUCGAGCAACACGUAGGCAUAAACAGCGCUUUUUGUAUCGAAUCGUUACGGUGAUGAAAAGUGGUGUCUGUACGUCAAUAUGAAGCGAAGUGUUGACUGUCUCCUGGAGUGGGUGCCCCAGGGGACAGUCAAGCACGAUCCCCACCCAACAAGGCGAUCAUCUGCAUUUUGGGGGACUGGGAAGGCAUGGUGCAUUCGGAAAUACUUUAAAAGAACGCCACGGUUAACAAGGAGCUCAAACAACAAACAAUCCUUGUAAAACAAAGCAGUAAAAAAAUUCGACGAACUUAGUCCCCGACCCAAUAUUUUCAAUCAGCACGGAACUUGAUUUUAGUACGGCCAAGGAACUUUUCUGUCGUACAGAUUAAUCGGUUACUAUUGCCACAAUGCCGGAUACGAACCGGCGGUAAUCUUGGAUGAGGAGACGAAUCACAAUGUCUCCUGUAAGUUGCCUUAAAAUAAUGUUUAGUUGGCCUAUCAGCCUGUCUGGAAAAUAAUGAGCCCUCAUCGAAAAUGGGACCGCGGCCGAGGAAAUGAAUUGUGUCGCGGUGAAAUCAAAUUGCUUUUCACUUCGAUUAGUUCAGCGACAUUGCGCUCAUUAUUUUCCCGACAACUGAUAGCUCUAUCGACCGUUUCAACUUCAGCCCUCCUCUUCCAACAACUUGGCACCACCACAGUCGCUAUUGGACUCCAGUUCCGCGAUGAUCAGCAUUACUGGCUGAAGGAGAAUGGAACCACGGUCUUGUGCUGUUGCAAUGACUACAACAACUUUUUCGCGCAGCCUCCACUCGGUUACUUGUUCAGCUACGCGCUUAUUGUGAGUGAUUGCGAUGAUCAUGGGAGAUGGAUCCCGCAGAACCCCGAAACACCGGUGACGGCUUUCUUAUGCGCCAGGCCCGUUGGCAAAAAUUAA